AUGUCCCGCCCAGUCGUGCCCACAAAGACGCCCACGCUCGCCAAUGCGCCCAUUCUGGGUCUUGCAGAGGGCAGCUCGUCCUUUUCAAACUACCAUCUCGCUGCCCUCGUCCUCGGUGUCCCCUGGGUCCUCAAGCGCAUCCUCCCAAUCGUCAGUCGCGGCGGUUUCUACACCUACUGGUCUCUCGUCUUGAUCACAGGUGUCCCCGUCACAAUCGCCUACUGGAUGCUCAUGUCCAGAAUUGGUGCACGCGUCAACGAGCGCGUCCCCCUCCCCGGAAAGGACAUUGAAGAGUAUAUCGACAUCAAAGACGUCGAACUCAAAAAGGACUAUCACGGCAAGAACAAGAUUCCCAUGCAAGUCUUCCACGACGCCUACUUUGAUGGAAAAAUCGACUUUAAGGGUGAUGUUCUCGAGAUUAUGGAACAACGUCACGACUGGGCCUCGUUCCAGAUGACCCCCGAGCUCUUCAAAUAUGUCCUGUUCAACCUCAUCCCAGAGGUCAUUGUCCACUCUCAAAACCAAGACGAGGAGCAAGUUCGCGAUCACUAUGACAGAGGUAACGACUUUUACGGCUGGUUCCUUGGCCCUCGCAUGAUCUACACCUGCGGCAUUGUUCUCGACCUCGAAAAGGAAGAAACUCUCGAACAACUCCAGGACAACAAGCUCACCGUCGUCUGCGAAAAGCUCGGUCUCAAGCCCGGUGACCGUCUGUUGGACAUUGGUUGCGGAUGGGGCACCCUCGUCGCAUUUGCCGCAAAGAACUAUGGUGUCGAUGCUACCGGUGUCACUCUCUCUCGCAACCAGACCGCAUUCGGAAACGCCCGCAUCAAGGCCAAUGGCGUCGACCCCGCACAGGCACGCAUUCUCUGCAAGGACUUCCGUGAUGUCAAAGAUGGACCGGGAUCGUUCACCAAGAUUGUCUCGCUUGAGAUGGCAGAGCACGUUGGUAUUCGUCGAUAUGGUCAAUUCCUGCGUCAGGUGUACGAGCUUCUGGACGAUGAUGGUGUCUUCCUGCUCCAAGUCGCCGGUAUCCGCUCGGUAUGGCAAUAUGAGGACCUGAUCUGGGGCUUGUUCAUGAACAAGUAUGUCUUCCCUGGUGCAGAUGCAAGCUGCGCUUUGAACUGGGUCAUCGGUCAAUUGGAAAACAACGGAUGGGAGGUCAAGAACAUUGACGUCUUGGGCGUCCACUACUCGGCAACAAUCUGGCGCUGGUACAAGAACUGGGUGUCGAACAAGGACAAGGUCAUCGCUGCCUAUGGCGAGCGCUGGUACCGCGUCUGGGUCUUCUUCCUCGCCUGGUCCACCAUUGCCUCUCGUCAAGGAAGCGCGUCGUUGUUCCAGAUUACGCUCCACAAAAACUUGAAUGCGUACCACCGCAUCAACGGCGUCACGAACCAUGCGUCCAUCAAGUAUACGCCGGCAAAGGAGAUUGUCCCCAUUGUCUAA